UCUUCCAGCGGGCGCCCGCUCGCCCGCUUCCGCCAGUCUCACUGUGGUUUCUUUCCGUCUUCCUCCGUAUUUUCCUCUGCGUUGGUGCUGCGCUGCCGGCGGCUGUGGUCCCGAUGCUCCCCAAACGGCGGCGAGCGCGGGUCGGGUCCCCUAGCGGCGAUGCCGCUUUCUCCACACUUCCUUCCACGCGCUUCCCCGGCGUCGCCGUCUACCUGGUCGAGCCUCACAUGGGUCGCAGCCGCCGGGCCUUCCUCACACGCUUGGCGCGCUCCAAAGGCUUCCGCGUCCUCGACUCCUGCAGCUCCGAAGUGACACAUGUUGUGAUGGAACAGACCUCAGCAGAGGAGGCCAUCAGCUGGCAGGAACGCAGGAUGGCAGCUGCUCCCCCAGGUUGUAGCCCCCCAGCUCUGCUGGACAUAAGCUGGUUCACAGAGAGCCUGGCAGCUGGGCAGCCUGUACCUGUGGAGUGCCGGCACCGCCUGGAGGCCUUUCUUCCUCACCAGGUAGAUGACAUGGCAACUCUGAGGAGGAUGACCCAUGGAUCAGCAGGAGCCUGUCCUCAGGAUGCUGUGGCCAGGCCCGGGAAGGGGCCUCCAAGCCCAGCAUGGAUACCUACCUAUGCCUGCCAGCGCUCCACGCCCCUCACACACCACAAUACUAGCCUCACAGAGGCUCUGGAGACACUGGCAGAGGCGGCGGGCUUUGAAGGCAGUGAGGGCCGCCACCUCGCCUUCUGCAGAGCAGCCUCGGUGCUCAAAGCCCUUCCCAGCCCUGUCACAACACUGAGCCAGCUGCAGGGGCUGCCCCAGCUUGGAGAACACUCCUCUAGGGUUGUCCAGGAGCUGCUGGAGCAUGGAGUGUGUGAGGAGGUGGAGAGAGUUCAAGGCUCGGAGAGGUACCAGACCAUGAAGCUCUUCACCCAAGUCUUCGGGGUCGGUGUGAGGACUGCUGACCGGUGGUACCGGGAAGGACUGCGAACCCUGGAUGACCUCCGAGAGCAGCCCCAGAAACUGACCCAGCAGCAGAAAGCAGGGCUCCAGCACCACCAGGACCUGAGCACCCCAGUCCUGCGGUCCGAUGUAGAUGCCCUACAGCAGGCGGUGGAAGAAGCUGUGGGGCAGGCCAUGCCUGGGGCCACUGUCACACUGACCGGUGGCUUCCGCAGGGGGAAGUUGCAGGGCCAUGACGUGGACUUCCUCAUCACCCACCCCAAGGAGGGCCAGGAGGCGGGGCUGCUGCCCAGAGUGAUGCACCGCCUGCAGGACCAGGGCCUCAUCCUGUACCACCAGCACCAGCAUAGUCGCUGGGAGUCCCCUACCCACCUGGCCCAGCAGAGCCACAUGGAUGCUUUUGAGAGGAGUUUCUGCAUUUUCCGCCUACCACAACCUCCAGGGGCUGCUAUGGGGGCAUCCCCGAGGUCCUGCCCAUCCUGGAAGGCUGUGAGGGUGGACUUGGUGGUUGUACCCAUCAGCCAGUUCCCUUUCGCCCUGCUCGGCUGGACUGGCUCCAAGCUUUUCCAGCGGGAGCUGCGCCGCUUCAGCCGGAAGGAGAAGGGCCUGUGGCUGAAUAGCCAUGGGCUGUUUGACCCAGAGCAGAAGAUGUUUUUCCAUGCAGCUUCAGAGGAAGACAUCUUCAGACACCUGGGCCUUGAGUACCUUCCUCCAGAGCAGAGAAACGCCUGAGCCUGCCUGUGGCCCCCACUUCUACUCAGGAAAUUGGGCCACCCCCAACUUGGCCACUGAAUGUCUCCAGGCAGAUAUGCUGCCCCCGACCCCUACCUUCACCCCUCCCAAGUGGAGGAGCCCCUCCCCACCAGGGCCUGGCUCUGCCAGAGGUCAGCUGUGCCUGAGGAAAUCAGUUGAGCCCCUGCUGGUGUGCUGCAGGGGGGAGCUUUUGGUGCCAGCCUCAUUGCUGUGUGACCUUGGGUCUGCUCUUAGCCUCCCCGUGGUUCACGUUCCUGCCCUGGACAGGGCGUGUGAGUGGGGCCCACUUUGUGGAGCCUUGGCAGAGCCCGUAGUCAUGAAUGGCAAGUGGUUUGUUUGCCUGAUGUGCAGUGUCCCAUCAGUUGCACUGCAGUUACUGUGGCUCCUGUAGGGCACCCUGUCCAGAAGUUCCCGGAAGAGAACGAUGUGUCCCUGCGCUGCGUUUGAGCCAUGACUUGGAGGCUGUGGUUCUUGCCCACAAGGAGCAUACUGUGGAGUGUGCUGUAGGCAUCUGGACAGGGAGAGGGACGGGGUAGGAGUUAGGAGGAAGAGAAUUUUCAACUCUAGGGCUUCAGUACUGCAGUGCCCCAAGCCAGGCCCUGGGCUUCUGCCUUUAAGGCUUGUUCUCAGCACGAUCUCUCAAAAAUAGGUCAUCUCCUGCCACUCCUGGCUCAUUGCCCUUUAAUGGCUCCAAACCCUAAGUCUGCAUGUGGUCCUGGGCUCUGGCAUUUCUGCCAGCCCCUUUCUCCAGCCCCACUGGCCCCGAGCUACUUCCUGCCUCUCACAGGCUUCCUGUUUGAUGCACCCAGACUCCCUCCCCUUCUCACUGCAGAAGCACUGAGGUGGGCUGGACACGGGUGUCCUCCAUGUCCCUCACAUUCCCAGGCACGCUCUGGCCUCAGGCUUUGCCCUGGCCAUGCCAUCCACCCGGAGUGUGCCCUCCCCUUCUUCAGGCCUUAAAUCAGAAGUCACUUUGUUAGGCGAGGACUUCCCAGACCACUCAUUACAUUAAAAAAUACUUUAAAAAUGAA